AUGGCAUCAAAGCGCAUCCUCAAGGAACUGAAGGACCUGCAGAAGGACCCGCCCACAUCAUGCAGCGCAGGUCCUGCUGGUGAGGACAUGUUUCAUUGGCAAGCAACAAUUAUGGGACCCCCUGACAGUCCCUAUGCCGGCGGUGUUUUCUUAGUGAACAUUCAUUUCCCUCCAGAUUACCCCUUCAAGCCACCAAAGGUAUCUUUUAAGACAAAGGUCUUCCAUCCUAAUAUCAACAGCAAUGGAAGCAUAUGCCUUGAUAUUCUUAAGGAGCAGUGGAGCCCUGCUUUGACGAUCUCCAAGGUCUUGCUCUCUAUCUGUUCCCUGCUGACCGAUCCCAACCCGGAUGAUCCCCUUGUUCCUGAGAUUGCCCACAUGUACAAGACGGACCGGUCAAAGUAUGAGACGACAGCCCGCAGCUGGACGCAGAAGUACGCCAUGGGUUGA